AAACCUCUCAUUCCUCUCUCUCUCUCUCUCUCUCUCUCUCUCUCUCGCUCGGAAGCUUCAAACGCAGCGGAAAAUGGCGGCUCAGUCGAAUCUUCAUGCAUCUUUCGGAAUCAGAACAGCCUCUCAGAAAUUCUCUGUGAAACCUGUAGUAGCUAAUAUCUCGCCAUCAACGAAGCUCAAACCCUCUUCUCCACCGUCGUCGAUUUCGUGCUCUACUUCAAUUCCAAGUCAAAUCCCGACCAGAGUAUUCGCAUCUUCCUCUCCCAUCUUCUCUCACGAACCGCCAGAAUCUGACUCUCCGCCCCUUGUAAAGAAGAAGCUGCGAGUGGUGGUGAAGCCGCUGGAGAAACCAAGAGUGGUACUAAAGUUCGUGUGGAUGCAAAAGGACAUAGGAGUCGCACUAGACCAAACGGUUCCAGGAUUCGGAACCAUCCCACUCAGUCCAUACUACUUCUGGCCUAGGAAAGACGCUUGGGAAGAGCUCAAAGCUUUGCUUGAGACCAAGCCUUGGAUCUCCGACCUCCACCGCGUCUUCCUCCUCAACCAAGCCACAGACAUCAUCAACCUCUGGCAAUCCAGCGGUGGAGACUUGUCUUAAAGUCCAAACCUCUAUCUCGUUUUCUAUGUUUUGUAAUGAAUCAUUAAAAAGACAGAGACUUUCAUAUAAAAAGACAAAAGCAAAAACAAAGUUUCAAUCAAAA